AUGUCAGCUACAACUAUAGGUUAUCAGACGGCGCAGUAUUUCACAGUUGGAGCGAUGGCAGCAGUGAUCUUCGACUACUGCUUGACGAUUCCGCAAGAGGUUCAGUUGAUCUGGGGAACCAAGUGGGGCGUCAUUAGAGUUACGUUCACCCUCACUCGUUAUGCCACCUUGAUGGGUACUGCCAUGACCACGUACUCUGCGGUGACUGACCGGUCUAAGUACAAAAGCUGUGCAAUUUUCGACGAUGUCUCAUACACUUCACAUCUGAUGAGCAUCAUCGCUGCAGAAGGCCUGCUUAUUUUUCGCACAUUUGCCUUUUGGCAUCGGAACAAGAAAAUACUGGUGUGGCUUCUCGUUCUUGCUGCGUUUACCAUUCUAGGGGCUGUCGGGGUGUCAGAAAUUGUGAAAAUCCUCCAUCUUGCUGACUCUCCAGGGAACCGGGGAGGCUGCAUGUUUGAAAAUGGAAAGAGUAGUGCCAUACAGUAUGUUUUUUUGAUCAUCUAUGAACUAGUGCUCAUGAUCCUUACGUUAUACAAGAGAUUCAACUUCUACAAAGGUGUUCGAGGUCGCCUUGUCAGUACCAUUUAUUGCGACGGGAUGAUAUACAUGACCUGCAUCAUAAUGGUAUCCAUCACAAAUAUUUUUGUUGUCCUGGCCUUUCCUCACGAUUACACUGCCAUCAUGGAUGCGUUGGUGAAUUCCUUAAUCCCACAGGUUUUCACGCUAACUUCUCUCAGACCACAACUCGUGAUACACGGGGUGCUAGCCUCCCGUAUCUUGUUCAAUCUGCGGCAAAGUCAUCAAUCUGAUUCUAUGAUAAUCGACGGAAUGUUCCCGCUCGCGAACAUGCGUAGCACGCCUUUGAAUGCCGGUAAAACAACAGCUGGCGGUUCUGCUUUCGUCAGUACGCACGAAGAUCUUGGUGCCAAAGAUUCGUACGAGUAG